AUGGAGAAGGGCAUAACUUGGAUAUCUGCUCGAGGUAGCACCAGCGGAAAAUUUGCUACCGGUCUCAUUGAACUUUUUGCAGCGGUCAUAGUUGCCAAUUAUCUGUCUGGGGCUUGGAAUUGGAAUUGUUCUCUCGGAAAAGACAAAUCUGACAAUACAAAGCCCGAAGACAAAGGCAAAGAGGCUGAAUCAAAUGACGACCUGGACUCCGCUGGAAAAGUUGCUAAAACGGCUUUAGAGCAGUUUCUGAAAGGAUCGUUUGGCGGUGCAGGUAUUUCUGGUGCUAGCACCAGUGGAUUUUGA